AACAAAAUCGCAAACAUGUCGUCGUCGUCUUCGAUCCGAUCUGGCCGCGUGUGCUGCGCAGUCGCGUCGCUACUGCUGCUCCAGUUGCAGGUGGCCGCCGGCGCGGCCGUCGUCCCGUUGGCCGUGGUCAGGGCCGCGUCCCAGUGCUCGGGCUCGCCGGACGCCGUCGGCUGUCUGAUGCAAGCCGCGGCCGCCGGCGUCGACGCCCUGGCCCGGUCCGCCGAACCCGUCGACCUCGUUCCCGGUUGCGUGACGCUCGUCAAGAACGCCGCCGGUGAAUCGGACUCGACGCCGCAGCCGCCGCCACCGUCGUCGCCACCGCCGACGGCACAACUGGCCGCGGACGUCGACGCCGGAACGGCCCUCGUCGACUCGUUGACGGCGUUCGUCAAGUCUCGGGCCAUCAGCGUCCGGGCACCUGCCUACCUGUUGGACUCGCUCAAGAGCACCCUUAUCGAAGCGCGGGGUAAGAAGGACAAGUACGCGGGACCUCUGUUGAUGGGCGCGAUGAUGGUGGCCGGCACCCUGUUGCCGAUCAAGCUGGGCGCGCUGGCCAUGAUGAGCGGCAAGGCGCUUAUGACCAGCAUGCUGGCGCUAAUGCUGUCCGCAAUACUAGCGCUGAAGAAACUCGCGUCGGGCGGCAGCAGCCACGGCGGCACCACGUACGAGGUGAUCAACGUGCCGUCGGGCGGCGGCCACGGUCCGCACGGCCGUUCCCUUAGGGCGCACGCUAUGGCGUACGGCCCGGCACCGCCGGCGGAAACCCCUCCGACGCCCACGCAAUCCACCGACGGGCUAUAACGAUUUGUACGGCCAUCGCGGGAUUAUAUUCAUCGACUUUUUAUAUUAUUUUCAUUGUAAAACUAUAAUAAUAUGUGAACGCUAAAACAUAAUAUUGUUAAGUGCGUCAUGUCAUUAUAUUUUGCGAUGUAUGCAAUAUUAUUAUUUAUUGUCGAAUUUUAAGUGAUUAUUUAUUAAUUUAUUAUAUUUAAAAAACGGCGUCGUUAUCGCGGCGCGUUAGCGAAAUCAUUAUAAGUGUACUGUUUUUUUUUUUUAUUAUAUUUAUUAUUAUUAUUAUUAUAAAUCUGUAUCAUGAUAUUAUUAAACAAUAAUAUAGGUAGUAUAUUUGUAACUAAAUUGUUUUUUUUUUCACUGCAAAUAAAAUCGAAAAAUAAU